AGGGCGCCCCAACGCGGUCGAGGACCCGCUUCUGCCGCCGCUUCCCGCGACCACAGGCCGCGAGGUGCCAUGGCGCCGAGGCGCACGGGCGGCGGCGGCGCCGGCGCGGAGGUUGCCGCCGGCGGCCCGCGCAAGAACUUCGAGCCGCCACCGCUGAAGAGGAUGUACCCGUGGCUGCAGGAUGGCUCGGGCCAGUGCGACAUCGUCGCGGGCGGCGUGGACGAGACGGGCGUCUUCAAGGGCGUGUACGUCAGCGGCGUGCACCUCGCCGCGCUGCUGCGCACGUUUGCCCUGUCGAAGACCUUCAUGCCCGUGGACACCCCGACGCCCGUGGCGGCGCUGGGGCAGUCCUUGGCCGACGGGAUCCCCAUCGUGGUCGUCACCCGCGGCUGCUUCGGCAGAGAGAUGGACUAUGGCCCUGGUCCCGUCCGUAAUGACAUCCAGAAGGCCGUGUGGCAGGCCUGCCGUGACAUGAGGGCCGAGAUGCCGCAGAUCCUCAUCACUUGCAUCGACAUACCCCUCGGCCUAGGUUCCGACGUGGUUCAGGGGUGCCUCGAUGCCCCCUUGAACGAGUACCGUGAGCUGAUGUAUCACGACGGCACGUGGUACACGCCGCAGAUAACCAGCGCCGCCAGCCUGGGCCAGUGGCUGCACGAGAACAAGCGCGGCCCCCUGAAGGAGCCCCAGGGGCAGGGCAAAGGCGACUACAACCGCAAGACCUUCGGCUGGAGGCCGCCCUCAGAGCUGUACGGCAACUUGUACGCCAUGAGCUGGAAGAAGGUGCUGGAGGUGCGGGCGCCGCCAGAGGUUGCGCCGAGGGGAGACCUGAACUUCGUCAACAGGGACAAGCUGGAGGCCGGCGUCGUCAAAGGCGCGCCGUCUGCGGCGCAGGCUCUGUUCAAGAGGGCCCUCGCGAAGGCUCGAGAGUCGGGCGGCGAUGCAGAGGUUCUUGCUGCAGUGGACGCUUACCUUGUUCGCGCCGCGGCCAUGGAGAAGGACACCCUGAAGGAGGCGAUGGUGGCCGCAGAGCAGGCAGGAGGCACGGCGCAGGUGGUCGCCCUGAAGCUGCUCGCGGGUGACGUCGGAGGCGCGAUCAAGACCGCCAAGCAGUGCCAGGCCAGAGCGACGACAGCUGCGCAGCUGGCAGCCUCGCUGAAGCUCGUCCUGGAUUGCCACUACGAGUCGGGCAGCCUGGACGAGGCCCUUGCCGACGCAACCGAGGGGAUGGACGCGAUCCUCGCGCAGAAGGACGCGGAGGCCACGGCCAAGGCCUACCAGCUCGUGGUCGGCGUGCACUUGGCACGCGGAGACCCCGACGCCGCGGUGGCAAGCGCCAGGGAGGCGCUGCAGACCGUGGGCGCCACGGCGGGCCCGGGGCAGGAGCGCUGCAAGGCAGAGGUCUGGCUCCUGGUCGCCAAGGCGGCCACAGCACAGGCCGCCGACGGCGGGGCCCAGGCCGAGGCCGGCGCGGGCGUCGCCGCCGAGGCGGCGGAGGCGUACGCCGCAGCCGGCGAGUGCUACCGCGGCGCCGGGAUGGCGAAGGAGCAGGCCUCCGCGCUGCGGGGCGCGUUCUCGGCGCAGCUCUCCAUGGAGGCCCCCGCGCAGGCGGCCGAGACGGCGCGGCGGCUGAUGCUGCUCGAGGACGGCGAGCGGGGCUGCCGCUCCCAGGGCCUGGCGCUGCUCGCCGCGGCGCACCUCGCCUCGCGCGCCGCCUCGGGCGGCUACCUAGACGGCGGCGAGGACGCCAUGCUCGCCAGCGCGAGGGAGGCCCUCGCCCUCUGCGAGGCCGCCGGCGACGCCGCCGGGGCGCGCGAGGCCCGCGCGCUGCUGGCCUCCGCGCUGGAGGCGGCCGCGGCGGGGACGCCGGCGGAGGCCGCGGCCCUGGCCAAGGGCGCCGUGGCCGGGCACCUGCUGGGCGCCGGGGCCGUGCGCGGGCUGCUCGAGCGGGCCCAGGAGAGCCUCCAGAAGGGGAAGCUCAGCUCCGCCUACUGGUUCGCCAAGCAGGCGCUGCGCGAGGCCAUGCGGUCCGGCGACGACGGCGCGCACGAUCAGGCCCUCGGCAUCAUGGAGGAGGCGGACACCUUGAACAGCCAGACUGGCAAGCCCUUCCAGGUCGGGGGGCCUGUGCCCCUGGUCGACCACGGCCAGGUCGCCUUCGUGUGAUUCGGUCGCCUUCGUGUGAUGCACUUUGCCGGUGGCAGUGCUCUUUCGGUGCCGCUGUGAUCUGCCGAGGUCCAGCCUUCCCGCAGCUCUCACACGUCCUCUCGUCCACCUCCCACGGUCACUGCGUCCGCGGCACGCACUUCGCGCUUUUUCCACCCUGUAGACGCGCCCCGCCAGCUCAGCCAGCGGGGAGGGAUGCGGGAAGCUGG